GGGAGGACCUGAGGGGGCGGCAGGGCCACAGGGACCCCCGGAGCCCUGCCGCCGUCCGAGACCCAGCGUCUGGCCUCUUUCGGACCCCGCAGAAGGACCGGCCACAGGGAGGUGUCCUCCCUGGGGAAGCCAGCGAGAGAUCCACCUGCCCCACAUCAGGAGGGCCCCCUCUGACGCCUGGCAGCCCUGUCAGUCUCCGCCCAGCGCCCGGGCCAGGCCCGGUCCCCCACCUCCAGCUCCCUCGCCGCGGCCCCAGCCCUCCAAGUCCAGCGCCCCGGCUGCGCCCCAGCCCUCGGGUCUUGGCCACACUGACCCCCAUCCUGGGAUCUCUGCCAGGUCUCCGGGAGGGAGACCGUGUGUGGGGCUAUGCCCCCUGGUGGCGCGACAGUGUCUGCCUAGACCCCUGACCCCUCGGCCCGGCUCCCUGGGCCUCCUUUGUGUGAAGAGCUGCUCCUCGGCUCAGAGUGUUUGGGGGCCAAAGGGAAAGCCAGCCCAGGCGGGGCCCCCGGCCCCCACCACUUGCCUCCUGGUUGGGCAGCUCCCCUGGCUUUGGGGCCUCUCCCUGCUCCCCUCGGCCCCUCCUCGUGGGCCGCCCCAAUGAAGGAGCCGGAUGCCAUCAAGCUGUUUGUGGGGCAGAUCCCGAGGCAUCUGGAGGAAAAGGACCUGAAACCCAUCUUCGAGCAGUUUGGUCGGAUCUUCGAGCUGACUGUCAUCAAGGACAAGUACACCGGGCUGCACAAGGGAUGUGCCUUCCUGACAUACUGUGCCCGCGAUUCAGCCCUGAAGGCCCAGAGUGCCCUGCACGAACAGAAGACGCUUCCAGGGAUGAACAGGCCGAUCCAGGUCAAGCCCGCCGACAGCGAGAGCCGAGGAGAAGACCGGAAGCUCUUUGUGGGGAUGCUAGGGAAGCAGCAGACAGAUGAGGACGUCCGGAAGAUGUUCGAGCCCUUCGGGACCAUAGAUGAGUGCACUGUGCUCCGGGGGCCAGAUGGCACCAGCAAAGGCUGCGCCUUCGUGAAGUUCCAGACCCAUGCUGAGGCCCAGGCCGCCAUCAACACCCUCCACAGCAGCCGGACCCUGCCUGGUGCCUCAUCCAGCCUGGUGGUGAAGUUCGCUGACACCGAGAAGGAGCGAGGUCUGCGACGCAUGCAGCAGGUGGCCACCCAGCUGGGCAUGUUCAGCCCCAUCGCCCUCCAGUUUGGAGCCUACAGCGCCUACACCCAGGCCCUGAUGCAGCAGCAGGCGGCCCUGGUAGCGGCCCACAGUGCCUACCUCAGCCCCAUGGCCACCAUGGCUGCCGUGCAGAUGCAGCACAUGGCCGCCAUCAAUGCCAAUGGCCUCAUCGCCACCCCCAUCACCCCCUCCUCAGGAACCAGCACCCCUCCUGCCAUCGCUGCCACGCCCGUCUCUGCCAUCCCUGCUGCCCUGGGCGUCAACGGCUACAGCCCGGUGCCCACCCAGCCCACUGGGCAGCCUGCCCCCGACGCUCUGUAUCCCAACGGGGUUCACCCCUACCCAGCCCAGAGCCCCGCGGCCCCCGUGGACCCCCUGCAGCAGGCCUACGCAGGGAUGCAGCACUAUACAGCAGCCUACCCGGCAGCCUACAGCCUGGUUGCGCCCGCGUUCCCGCAGCCUCCCGCCCUAGUGGCCCAGCAGCCUCCACCUCCGCCUCAACAGCAGCAGCAGCAACAGCAGCAGCAGCAGCAGCAGCAGCGAGAAGGCCCUGAUGGCUGUAACAUCUUCAUCUACCACCUGCCCCAGGAGUUCACGGACUCAGAGAUCCUCCAGAUGUUUGUCCCCUUUGGCCAUGUCAUCUCAGCCAAAGUCUUUGUUGACCGGGCCACCAAUCAGAGCAAAUGUUUUGGCUUUGUGAGUUUCGACAAUCCGGCCAGUGCCCAGGCGGCCAUCCAGGCCAUGAAUGGUUUCCAGAUCGGCAUGAAGCGCCUCAAAGUCCAGCUAAAGCGGCCUAAGGAUGCCAACCGGCCCUACUGAGGGCUCCAGGUCUGGAGAUGCCAGAGGCAGGGGUGCCUCACACCCUCCUCCCACAACUGGCUCCGGCCCUCUCUGCACAUCUGCCCUGGGCCUCGAUUGGGCUCUGGGGCCAAAGCUGCUUCACGGCCCCGGGGGCACAGGACACUGGCCUGCUCCUGCUACGCACCUGCCUCUCUGACGGCCGUGGCUUGGCUUCCCUGGCUCCGCGGGCCUAUUCCUCCCAGGUGCCCUUUUGGCCUUUGCGAGGGAGCAAGGAAUAGGCUGGAAGUUUCCAGGGUAUCUGCCUUCUGCUCGGGCUCCUGUGGUGGGCCCUCUGUGCCCAGUGCUCACACCUGCCUCCCGACCAGUGGGCCUGCUCUAGUCGUGAAGCCCAGGGUGGGCGGCGGGGCUCCCACACUCCCCAGCCCACCCUCACCCCAGCCUCUUCCCCGCAGUAGGGGCUCCUCAGAAGCUGGUCUCGCACUCCCCUCCACCCAGCUAGAGGUAGGAUAUCCCUGAAUCCUGGGCUCCCAGCCCUAAAACUCACUGCCUCCCCCAAGGGCCCCCUCCAAGGAGGGUGUGGGGGAGCCCUGAGGGCUGCCUCUCCGCCAGUCAGCCACAGAGACCCUCCUCCUUUCUCGAGGAAAAGACCUCCCCCUGAACCCCUAAAAAUGUUUACAGUCUCUGCUGGCCCCCUCCGUGUAAAUACCACGACCACCCGUGCGUCACCCAGCCCGCCCGGCCCGGCCCGGUCGCUGCCAUCUCUCUUUCUGGGAGUUUAGACAAUUUUGCCCUUGGAUUUUUUUCUCUCUUGAUUUCUCCCUUUGCUUUUGGGGGGUAACUGGGUAUUUGGGAGGAAGGGAGUGGGG